CUCUUUUCCCUCUUUUUCAGCUGGUUUCUCUUUGCACAGAGUUUUGGUGAAUGGGGAUGUUGAGAGCAGAUAAGCCUUUCUAAGUAUUUUUCCACAGCUGGCUGCUGUUUUCCAGUAGAGCUUUUUCCAAAUGGAGAUAUUGAAAAGACAUCGCAGUCUAUCAGUUUCCUCUUGCAGACAUUUCGCCGUCAAUUUCUCAUUAUCUUUCCAUUCCUUGCCAUCAUCCCCAUCAGAUCAAAACCCUCCGAAUGAAACCUUAAUCUCAUCUGUUGUUUCGAUCCUUAAAGAGCAGCGCUCAAAGAGCCGAUGGAACUUCAUUAAAUCCCUCUAUCCUGAUGGUUUCUCCCCUAGAGAGGUUUCUCAAAUUAUCCUCCAUAUCAGAAACAAUCCCCGUCUUGCCCUCCGGUUCUUUCUCUGGUCAGAGAGGUCGAUUUGUACUCAUGACUUACUCUCUUACUCCACCAUCAUUCAUAUACUUGCUAGAGCUCGCCUCAAAACCCAAGCACAAUCCUUAAUCCAGACUGCCAUUCGAGUAUCUGAAGUCGACAACUUUGAUGACCCAGAAAUUUCGUCAAAGCCUCCUAAGAUCUUUGAAACCCUUGUGAAGACAUACAGGUCUUGUGAUUCGGCUCCUUUCGUUUUUGAUUUGCUGAUCAGGGCAUGCUUGCAGGCGAGGAAAAUUGAUCGAGCAACUGCGAUUGUUUGGCUGUUACGUUCCCGUGGGAUUUAUCCUACAAUCAGCACCUGUAAUUUGUUGAUCCGGUCGGUUUCCCAAUUAAAAGGGUGUGAUGCUGGCUAUGCAUUUUACAGGGAGAUCUUUGGGUUUGAUGAUGAAAUUAGGGGUAAAUUAAAGGUUACUGUUCGUCCAAAUGUGCAGACUUUCAAUACAUUGAUGCUUUCCUUCUAUCAAGGUGGGAUGACAGAGAAGGUACAAGAGUUAUGGGUUGAAAUGGUUGAGUUCAAUUGUUCUCCAAAUGUAUUUUCUUAUAGUGCUUUAAUGGCGGCAUUUUGUGAUGAAGGCAAGAUGACAGAAGCUCUAGCUCUCAAAUUAUGGGAAGAAAUGCGGACAAAACAAAUUGAUCCUGAUGUUACUGCUUAUAACACACUUAUUGGUGGUUUCUGCAAAAUUGGGCAAACGGAAAGGGCAGAACAAAUUUUCCGAGAUAUGGGAUUGAAUGAAAUUGAAGCAACUUGUCUAACUUAUGAGCAUCUGAUUAAAGGAUACUGUGAAAUUGGGGAUAUCAAUUCUUCAGUCCUUUUAUAUAAGGAUAUGUGCAGGAAAGAUUUCAGGCCAGAGGCUUCCACGAUCGAUAAAGUGGUACAAGUGAUGUGUUGUGGUGGUCGGGUCAAUGAAGGUUUGAAUUUUCUGAGGAAUGCCAUGAAAAGGCAAGAUUUUUUUCCAGGUAUAAAGAGCUAUGAACUUCUAAUAAGAGAGUUAUGUAAAGAAGGUGAAAUGGAAGAAGCAUUGCAACUGCAAUUAGAGAUGGUGGGGAAAGGUUUUCAACCAAAUUCAGAGAUCUAUGGAUUUUUCAUUGAGGGAUACAAGGAACAGGGUAAUGAGGAAAAAGCAAGAGAUUUGAUGAAGGAGAUGGUUGAAAUUGGACUGCAGCGGCAAUUGGAUUAAGUUUUCUCAGCUCUUUUUUAUUUGGGUUGCCGGGUUGGCUACUUCUUACUCAAGUCUUGCUGGGUUGGUUACUUCACAGUCUUGCUUGGUUGGCUACUUCUUACUCCAACUGAUCCAACCUUCCAAGACAAAGUUUGGGAAUUCAUGUAACAGGGUUCUCGUUUUACUCUCUGGUCUAGAUUGGGAUUUUUCUUUUUAAUAAUUUUUAAAGAAAAAAAAUGUUGUUUGGUCGUGUGGCCCUUGCGCCUAGACACCAGAAGGGACAAAAUUAAUGCUUCAUCCACCAUAGUUCUCAUUGGUCCCGUGUUGGUGUUAAGGAUAUAUAGCCAGUCAGUGAUAUUUUGCCAUUUUUUUUUUUUACAAAUUUUGUGUAAAAGUGUAAUUGUUCAAGCUUCUUGUAUAUUGGUGUACAUCGGGUUGUGCAAUUGUGCCAUUAGCAAGAAUAAAUCUUGACACGAAUGUAUUCCAUAUAAUUGCAGCUUUUGUCCAAA